CUCCCGCUCCGGCUCCCCGUGCUAGGCAGAGAUGGCGACCUCGGCUUGGCUUCUGGGACGGCGCGCGGCGAGUUGGAGGCUCCGGGCGCCGCGGGCGCGGCUCUCCAGCCUCGUGUCCCAGCGGGCCCACUCCCUCUUGCCCGUGGACGAUGCGAUCAACGGGCUAAGCGAGGAGCAGAAGCAGCUUCGUCAGACCAUGGCUAAGUUUCUUCAGGAGCACCUAGCCCCCCAGGCCCAGGAGAUUGAUCAUAUCAAUGAGUUCAAGAACCUUCGAGAGUUUUGGAAGCAGCUGGGAAACCUGGGGGUCUUAGGUAUCACCGCCCCUGUUCAGUAUGGCGGCUCCGGCCUGGGCUACUUGGAACAGGUGCUGGUGAUGGAAGAGAUAUCCCGAGCUUCUGGAGCAGUGGGGCUCAGUUACGGUGCUCACUCCAACCUCUGCGUCAACCAAAUUGUGCGCAAUGGAAAUGAGGCCCAGAAGGAAAAGUACCUCCCCAAGCUGAUCAGUGGUGAGUACAUCGGAGCCCUGGCCAUGAGUGAGCCCAAUGCUGGCUCUGAUGUUGUCUCCAUGAAGCUAAAAGCAGAAAAGAAAGGUGAUCACUACAUCCUGAAUGGGAACAAGUUCUGGAUCACCAAUGGCCCUGAUGCUGACAUCCUUAUUAUCUACGCCAAGACAGAUCUGGCUGCUGUGCCAGCCUCUCGGGGCAUCACAGCCUUUAUUGUGGAAAAGGGGAUGCCUGGCUUCAGCACCUCCAAGAAGCUGGACAAGCUGGGGAUGAGGGGCUCUAACACCUGUGAGCUAAUCUUUGAAGACUGCAAGGUUCCUGCUGCCAACAUCCUGGGCCAUCUAAGUAAGGGCGUCUACGUGCUGAUGAGUGGGCUGGACCUGGAGCGGCUGGUGCUGGCUGGUGGGCCCCUUGGGCUCAUGCAGGCCGUCCUCGACCACACCAUUCCCUACCUACACACAAGGGAAGCCUUUGGCCAGAAGAUUGGCCACUUCCAGCUGAUGCAGGGGAAAAUGGCCGACAUGUACACCCGUCUCAUGGCCUGUCGGCAGUAUGUCUACAAUGUCGCCAAGGCCUGUGAUCAGGGCCACUGCACUGCCAAGGACUGCGCGGGGGUGAUCCUUUACGCAGCUGAGUGCGCCACACAGGUGGCCCUGGACGGCAUUCAGUGCUUCGGUGCCAAUGGCUAUAUCAACGACUUUCCCAUGGGCCGCUUUCUGCGGGACGCCAAGCUGUACGAGAUCGGGGCCGGGACCAGUGAGAUGAGGCGGCUGAUCAUCGGCAGAGCCUUCAACGCAGACUUCCGCUAACCCCAAGACCCUCCACCCCCUUUCUCAGCACCUAGAGGCCUUUCUUUGGACAUAGAGCUACGGCAGCUCCCUU